AUGGCGGUAUCUACGUUACGUGAAUUCUUGGUAGAAUCUUUGGAGGAAUCUCCGGCGACUAUGGUGGAGGAGGCCUGGUAUGGACUCAGGGAAUCAAUCGUUAUCUAUGAAGGCAAGCCGGUUGGCACUCUUGCUGCUAUGGAUUCAACGAAGGAGCCGCUGAACUACAAUCAGGUGUUUGUGAGAGAUUUUAUUCCUGCUGGUUUGGCCUUCCUCAUGAAGAAACCAGCAGAGCCAGAGAUAGUAAAGAAUUUUCUCCUAAAGACACUCCACCUCCAAGGUCGGGAGAAAAAGGUUGAUAACUUUACACUCGGAGAAGGUGUACUUCCUGCGAGCUUUAAGGUUUCAACUGAUUCCCCCGAUGGCAAGGAAACCAUCGUUGCAGAUUUCGGUGGUAGCGCAAUUGGAAGAGUUGCUCCUGUCGAUUCUGGAUUCUGGUGGAUCAUAUUGCUGAGGGCAUAUACCAAAUGCACUGGUGAUCAUACGCUGCGGGAGCGCCCUGAGGUGCAAAAGGGAAUGAGACUAAUUCUCAAACUCUGCCUUUCAGAUGACCUUGACACAUUCCCAACUCUUCUUUGUGCAGAUGGCUGCAGUAUGAUUGACAGGAGGAUGGGCAUAUAUGGUUAUCCAAUAGAGAUCCAAGCACUUUUCUACUUUGCAUUGAGGUGUGCAGUGCAGCUGUUGAAGCCCGAGGAUGGUGUUAAGGAGCUUCUUGAGAGGAUAGCUAAGCGCAUCGCAGCUCUCUGCUUUCACAUCCAGCAGUACUACUGGCUUGAUUUUAAGCAGCUCAAUAACGUAUACCGAUACAAAACGGAGGAGUAUUCCCAUACUGCUGUCAACACGUUCAAUGUGAUGCCAGAGUCCAUCCCUGAAUGGGUUUUUGAUUUCAUGCCCAGCUCACGAGGAGGGUAUUUGAUUGGCAAUGUUAGCCCAGCUCGCAUGGACUUCCGGUGGUUCUUAGUUGGAAACUGCAUUGCAAUUUUGAGCGGUUUAGCCACAGAUAAGCAAGCUACAGCCAUCAUGGAUCUGAUUGAGGAGCGUUGGGAUGAUUUGAUUGGUGAGAUGCCUCUGAAAAUUGCAUAUCCAGCAUUAGAGGGAGAUGAGUGGAGGACAAUCACAGGAUGUGACUCCAAGAAUACGCGAUGGAGCUACCACAAUGGCGGUUCAUGGCCAACACUGUUGUGGCUGCUGGCUUCUGCUUGCAGCAAGACUGGGAGGCUACAGAUUGCAAAGAGGGCAAUAGAGCUGGCUGAGCAGCGGCUCUCCAAAGACGGGUGGCCUGAGUACUAUGAUGGUAAGACGGGGAAAUACAUUGGGAAGCAAGCAAGGAAGUUCCAGACAUGGAGCAUGUCUGGCUAUCUGAUUGCUAAGAUGAUGAUAGAGAAUCCAAACAAUGUCUCAUUGCUAUCAAUCGAAGGAGGACUCUCCCGGUCUACUUCAGAUAACCACAGUGGCAUACGCUACAGAUAA